AUGGGGCCCCCCUGCAGCGGCAAGGGUACUCUAGCACAGGAGCUGCAGCAGCUGCUCAGCAGAGACUGCCCCAGGAGCAGCAGCAUCAGUCUCCUGGGCUUCCUGCGGGCCCGGCCACUGCCCGCGUCGGCAGCAGCAGCAGCAGCAGCAGCAGCAGCACCAGCAGCAACAGCAGCAGCAGCAUCAGCACCACGAAUCCAUAGAUUAAAUAUGUCUAGCUCAGUACGCGCAGCACACACAGAAGGAGAGGACCCUACAGGGGCCCCCCCAGCGACAGCGGGGGCCCCCCUAGAGGCAGGGGGGGGGGCCCCCCUGCCUAUACCUGUGGUGCUGCUGAUGGGGCCCCCCUGCAGCGGCAAGGGUACUCUAGCACAGGAGCUGCAGCAGCUGCUGCCUGUAGCGCAUCUCAGCUCUGGGGAUGAGCUGCGGCGCCUCAGCAAGGCAGCAGCAGCAGCAGCAGCAGGAGCAGCAGCAGCAGCAGCACCUGCUGCUGCUGCUGCUGCUGUGUCGCUGCCUGAGGAUGUGCUGCAGCAGGUGAGGCAGCAAAUGAAGGAGGGGCUCCUCAUCAGUGAUUCGUUGGUUGCUGCUGUGCUGCAGCACCGUCUUGCUGCUGUUGCUGCUCAACCCCUCAAGCAGCAGCAGCAGCAGCAGCAGCAGCAGCAGCAGCAGCAGCAGCAGCGGGAGGUGCUGCCGCAGCUGCUGCUGCUCGAUGGCUUCCCCCGCACCGAAGCUCAGGUGGCUCUGCUGCACAAGAUGGGGGCCUGGCCAGUGUACAUCACCCGCAACAGCAACAGCAGCAGCAACAGCAACAGCAGCAACAACAGCAACAGCAGCAGCAGCAACAACAGCAGCAGAAAGUGUGUUUGUGUGUGGGCCCCCCAUGGGGGCCCCCAGGGGGCCCCCCCAGGGGCCCAUAGAGAGGACGACGCGGUGGAGGUCCUUCAGAAACGUAUACAGCUGUACGAGGAGGGCCUGGCCCCUAUCCUGCAGGCACUGCGUGCGGGGGCCCCCACCCCGUAUUAUUGA